AAAAAAGGUAUACGAAGAAACUUAUCCAAAAGUUGUAUUUCAGUGUGAAUUCAAUUCAUUAAUUAAAUACUCAGAAUCAAUAGGAUGGAAGAGCAAGAAUAUAUAACAUGGAUCGAAUGGUUAUGCUAUCAAUAUUAUUACAAUGGAAUGCUCAAUCAUGUGAAACAGGCAUGUGAUACUUAUCCAACGAGUGAUCAUCUAAAACUCCUACUUAGUCUUGCCUAUUUAUUAAAUGGAAGAGUACACGAUGCUAUUAAAGAAAGUAAUAAUUUAAUUAACAAUCCAGAAGUUGUAUUGCCAGGUUUGCUUAUACAAAGCUUGGCACAUAAAGUAAACAUAAAUACAGAAAAAUCGACUAUAAUGCAAAUUGAUAUAAAAAUCAGAGAUGAAAGAAGAAAAGCAUCAGUUACUGCAUUAUCAUUAUCUGCCUUGGUAUUAUUAUUGUACAAAAAGAUUGAUAAAGCUAAAGAUUAUGCUGACAGAGCAUACAAAGUUAAUCCUGCCGAUGUAAAUGUCCUAUUGGCAAAGGGUUGGGUAGAAUUGUACAUACCAAAUGAUGAUGAUGAUAAUCAUACGAAGAUAGAUUAUUUUGAUACAAUUUUAAAAACACAUAGUAAACAUUUUAAUGCUCUGAUAGGUACAGCAAGAUAUAAACAACAUUGUGGAGAUUAUACAGGUGCAAUAUCGAUAUUGAAUUCGUUAAUAGUUCAUUAUCCCAAGUUAAGCUUUCCACUGGUUGAAAAAUUAUUCAAUCAAUUAGCUAUGAAAGAUUGGGAACAAGUACUCGAAACUGCUAAUAGAAUAUUAACGAUAGAUCCUAAUAAUUUAGAUGCGAUAAAAGCUCAUUGUGUCGUUGCACUUUGCAAAGAUGGAGAAUAUGGGGAAAGUUUAAAACAUUUGCAAUUAUUUUUGAGAAGUUUAAUUCUUGCUGAAGCAAAGAAUUUUGAUCUUUUGAUCAAAAACAUACAAUUAUUUUCAUGCAUAGCGUGUGGAAAUGAAAAUAUAUUAAUGGAAUUAUGCAAAGUAACUGACAAAAUGUUACAACAGAAUUCCAAUUGUGGAGAAUUAAUGGUUGAACUUGGUAAUCUGUAUGUUUUAUUGGGAAAAAUAAAAGAAGCUGAACAUUGGUAUAGAAAUAAUGUUCGUAUAGAAGAAUCAUCGUUUCCAGCUCUGAUAGGUUUGGCACAUUGUCAAUUGUUAGAUAAUUCAGCAAAUGCUCGAAUUUUGGCUAGACAACAAAUUGAUUUUUUAAUGGAGAUUCAAUCAACCUCUGUAAGUCCUAAAUUAUUGUUUAUGUCAUCGAUAAUUUGUGAAGAUGAUCAAAAAAAAGGACUACAGUAUUUAAACAUGGCGGCAAAAGUUUUAUUAAAGGAUUGCGAGCAUGUUCCUUAUGGAUACGAAUAUUUAACAAAUUUAAAUCCUGAUUUAUGUGUGGAAAUUGGUAAACAACGUUUAACAUACUCUGUUUAUGAUACAUCGUCUGUGGAUAAAGAAAACUAUGAAACAGAAAAAGAACCUCUGUUAGAUUUAUUAGAAAAAGUUGCCGAAGCAUGUCCUGGUUUGAGCAAUGUAUUAUUAAUAUUAAGUAAGAUUAAAAUGCAAAGUGGAAAGUUGGAGGAAGCUCAAACAAUAUUAAAAAAACUUUUGGAUGCUAUCGAUUCUACAAAUGCUCAGGGACAUUUAUUAAUGGCACAAAUUUUGGCAUAUCAAGGACAUUACCAAUUAGCUUUACAAAGUCUUGAAGUUGGUUUGAGUUACAAUUUUAAGAUCAGAGAUGAUCCAAUUUAUCACGUUGUUAAUGGUAUCGUACAAAAAGAAAACGGAGAUCUUCAAAGUUGUAUACAAAGUUUUGAAUUAGCUAUGUUGUGUGCGGGUUUAAAACAAAAUAAAAAUAUAACAGAAAUUAAGAAAAUUUCUAUACAAGAUAAAGCAAUGUUGUAUCUUGAACUAAUCUCUGCGUAUAGUAAAAUGAAACAAUUUAGCGAAGCUUUAGCACUAAUGGAAGAUGCUAUGAUAGAAUUUCAAGGUACUGCAGAAGAAAGUAAAUCUACAAUAGGAUAUGCAGACUUGUAUUUGGAAAUGGGAGAAUUGGAAAAAGCAAUAGGACAUUUAGAAAAAGUUAAACCAGAUGAACCAUAUUAUGUACAAGCUCAUACGAAAUUGGCUCAAAUAUAUUUAAAAUAUAAAAAAGACAGAGAAGCAUUCGCUAAAUGUUUCAGAGAAUUAGUAGAACACUGUCCUGGUCCUAAGACAUAUGGUAUGCUUGGUGACGCCUAUAUUUCUAUACAAGAACCAGAAAGAGCUAUAGAAGCUUAUGAACAAGCUUUAAAUCAAGAUCCAAAAGAUAAAGCAAUAAUAGCAAAUAAAAUGGGAAAGGCAUUGAUAAAAACUCAUCAAUAUAUGAAAGCUGUCAAUUAUUAUAAAGACAUUAUAAAACAAGCUGAAUGUAAGGAUUUAAAAUUGGAUCUUGCAAGAUUGUUUAUUAAAAUGAAACAAUAUGACAAAGCUGAAGCUACUUUGGUCGAAGAAUUGAGAAGUGCUCGAUUUGAAUCAGAUUUGGAAAAUUUAGAAAGUCGAGGACAGCAAUUACUUUUACUCGCAAAAGUUCGUGAAAAAGCUGGUAACAUACAAGCAGCACUUUCGGUGUUAAAAGAAGCUAAGGAAAGUCAAACAAGGUAUAUACAACGCCUUACUAUGGCUUCGAAUACAGUAGAACAAAAAUAUGUAAUAGCGGACAUAUGCUUGACAAUGGCAGACCAUGCAUCUGCUAUAAGAGAUUAUGAUCAAGCAAUAUUACAUUAUAAAGAAGCUUUGAAUCAUAAACCAGCUGAUAUUAAAGCUUUGCUAUCGUUAGCAAAGUUAUACAUGCAGAUAAAUAAUUUAGACAGAUGUGCUCAAACAUGUACUACUCUUUUAAAAGCUGAUCCAAAUAACGAGGCUGCAUCUGUUAUGAUGGCCGAUCUUGCAUUUAGAAAAGUUGAUUUUGAAACUGCAGCCUUUCAUUUUCGACAAUUAUUAUUACAAAAACCAAUGUAUUGGACGGCAUUAGCCAGAUUGAUAGAAGUUUCUCGCAGGACAGGAAAUAUGGACGAUUUAGGUGAAUGGCUUGAUCUAGCGCAAACGGCAAUGGGAUCUAACAAUAUUGAAGCUGGUUUUUAUUACUGCACUGGUUUAUUAGAUUGGAGAAUGGGAAGAUUAAAUUCGGCUCUUAGAAAUUUUAAUUAUGCAAGACGUGAUCCUGAAUGGGGUCAACAAGCUAUUUAUAAUAUGAUAGAAAUUUGUUUGGAUCCUGAUGACGAUUCUUCGUUAUCCAAUGAAGCUUUCAACGAUGAAGAUAUGGAAUAUCAAGACUCAAGGACAAUGGCCUUAAAAACUGCUUAUCGUUUAUUACAGGAGUUAAAUCCGAGAGGUAGUCAGCAUGAGAUGUUGACGCAUAGGCUUCUCGGUAACUUCUUUCUCCUUGCUACUAAACAAAAAUCAAACAUCGAAAAAGCUUUACAGGAUUGUACAAAUUUAGCCAGUCAAGAAGCACUCAGAGAUCACGUUGGACCAGCCUUGGGCAUGGCGACGGCACACAUUUUGUUAAAACAAACCCCACGUGCCCGAAAUCAUCUUAAACGUGUUAGCAAAAAUGUUUGGACUUUCGAGGAUGCCGAAUAUUUAGAGAGAUGUUGGUUACUUUUAGCUGAUAUUUAUGUUCAAUCGAGCAAAUAUGAUUUAGCGAACGAAUUACUUAAACGUGUCUUGCAACACAAUGCUACAUGCGUCAGAGCACACGAAUUGUCCGGUUAUAUUGCUGAAAAAGAUCAAAAUUAUCGGGAAGCUUCAGUACGAUACGCGCAAGCAUGGAAAUUCGGUGGUAAAUCUAAAUUAUCGAUUGGUUACAAAUUAGCUUAUUGUUCAUUGAAAGGAAAAUCUUAUGCCGAUGCUAUAGAAGCUUGCAAUGAAGUAUUGAGACAAAAUCCUGAUUAUCCUCGUAUUAGAAAAGACGUUUUAGAAAAGGCUAUUAAUAAUCUUCGCACAUAAUCGUAAUGAUAUUUUUUACC